CGUUAAUUUUCGUAGUAUUUCUUUUACCUGUAAACGUAUUAUGCCACCCCCAAGACCAAAGGGGAUAGGAUUUACAACAGGGGCACCCGCUAGACCCAGUUCGAGUUCAAACACCCCCAUGUCGGAGCGACAACAAAUGGCUUUAUUGAUUCAAAUGACAGCAACGUCCUCAACAGACACAAUUCGGACACAUUCAAAAAAAUCAGAUGGCAAAAAGGGAGAAUCAGAUGGGGAUGAUAAUAUGACGGAAAAGCAAACGGAUACCCUUGAUGUGAAGGACAAGGCAUCAAUAGACGAACCCAUUUAUGAUAGUAAAUCAGAACAAAAUGCAGGCCAAAACGUCACAGCUACAAAGCGAAGUUUUUCGGACUUGGAGGAUGAAUAUGAUGAACAUGGAGAUGAAGUUAAAAAGAAGAAAAAAAAGGAGCUUGAUAAUUCCAAAGAAAUAAAAAGCUCAGCACUUAAAAUUACAUCAAAAGUAGAAAAAAAUUUAAAAUUACCAUCUACAAAGUGUUCGCCCUCAGGAAAUAAAUUAGGUACACCAGUAGCUGAAAAAGAAUUGGAAGUAAACAAAAUUAUUGAAACUGAAAAUGAAACUGAAGGAAGCGAAGAUUACAAAAGCAAUGAUAGCUUGUACAAUGGUGGCCUCAAAGUACCCCCACUAAAAAUUGUUAUUCCACAACAAAACUGUUCAAUCGAUACAGAAGGUAAUGUUUUACGAACUGGUAAAGUAGCGGCAUCGAGGAAUGCUGCUUUGCCAUAUGUUGUUAGCUCAAAUACUGAUUCUAUUGACAUUGUAUUGUCAAGCCAAUGCCUUAGUCCUAACGAAAGUCCCCAGAAAGCUAGUGUUGCUUGCUCUACAAUUCUUGAUGAUAAAAAUAUAAAACUUUUUAAUGAUGAAAAAAAUUUAAGAGUGUUGCGCAGUUCUUACCGAAGUGGGGUUACUAGCACUGAACGUAGCUCUAAUAACUCAUCCCCACAAAUGCAAAGUAGCUCUCCUUCUCCAGCUUCUUCUAACCAUGCCAAUGAUAAUUCUGAUAUCAAAGUAUCUUAUACAAAUAUGACGUCAAGUCCCAUACCUAAUAAUCAAUUUGAUCAGGAAGCAUUGACAAAUGUACCAAGUCCGUCUACAUCCUCAACAUCAUCAUCUAAAGAAAUAAAUGCAUCCGUUAAUGUUGAUCUGCACCCACGAAAACGUAAAAUAAGACCGAAAAACAUUCAUGAUGAUAACUUGAAAAAUUCUCACGCGGACUCGUCGUUGAGUACGGGAGAAUCUCAUCCUCAUGAUUAUCCGUUUACAAAUGGAUUUCAAAUGUUUUUGAAUAUUCGAAGACAAAUAGAAAGGAAAUGGAAGAAUCUUUUUCCUGUUAAGCCCAGGCCUCCACAGGGAUAUAAUGAUUAUCUACUUACAAAACGAUCAUACCUUUUAAAUAACGAAUGUAGCAAUCCAGAAAUCACAAUACCUGAAUCUAUCCCAGAAGCCAUGCAUGAACAUUAUAUAUAUCAAGAAAAAGCUAGACAAGAAUUGAUUGAAGAACACACUAUUGAACGAGAAAAACUCUGUUUGAGUGUUGAGCAAGAAAUUAUAAGGGUACAUUCAAAAGCAGCUAGAAGUAUAUCUGGACAAUGUGCACCAUAUUCUGUGUGCACUUUAUUAAAAGACGAUGAAGUUUACAACAUGAUCACUCCAGAACAGGAUGAAAAAGAAAAAAGUGCACGAUGUCGCUUUAACGGACGAUUGUUACUAAGCUGGUUACAAGAUGUUGACGACAAAUGGGAAAAAAUUAAGGAGUCUAUGGUCUUACGUCAGCAAAAUGAAGCAGAAAGCCUUCAUGCAGUGCAAUUAAUGGAUUGGAAUAUAAGUUUGAAACAAAAUAAAUUGUGUGACCAUCUGUAUGAAUCUAAUAUUGAAAAUAUUCAUGUACCUUUUGUUUAUGUAAGGGAAGACUUUGAUAUAUUACCGGCUUAAUGCAACAAUAAAUAAAUUGUAAAAUUUUUUUAA